AUGUAUACCGGGCCUUUGACUUACACACUCCCCGAACACGACGACGACGAGGAGCCGUCGGAGGAGUGUGAAGAAAGAGGCACCAGAGACAUCGGCUCAGCCCUCACCAGGAUGUGCAUGAGGCACCGCAGCAUCGAGGCCAAGCUCCGCCAGUUCUCCAUGGUGUUUCUGGACUGUCUGAUCAACCCUCUCCAGGAGCAGAUGGAGGAGUGGAAGAGAGUCGCCAACACUCUUGACAAAGACCACGCCAAAGAGUACAAGAAGGCCCGUCAGGAGAUCAAGAAGAGAUCCUCUGACACUCUGAAGCUGCAGAAGAAAGCAAAGAAAGCUGAUGUAUUUGGCCGUGGGGACCUGCAGCCUCAGCUGGACAGCGCCAUGCAGGACGUGAGUGAUAAAUACCUGCUGCUGGAGGAGACGGAGAAACAGGCGGUGAGGAAGGCGCUGGUGGAGGAGAGGAGCCGUUUCUGCUGCUUCGUCUCCAUGCUGAGGCCGGUCGUGGAGGAGGAGAUGUCGAUGCUGGGAGAGAUCACUCACCUUCAGACUCUCACAGACGACUUAAAGACUCUAACUAUGGACCCUCACAAGCUGCCUGCCUCCAGUGAGCAGGUGAUCGUGGACCUGAAGGGCUCCGACUGCACCUGGUCCUACCAGACUCCACCCUCGUCUCCGAGCACCACCGUAUCCAGGAAGUCAAGCAUGUGCAGCAGCCUGAACAGCGUGAACAGCAGCGACUCCCGCUCCAGCGGCUCACACUGCCACUCCCCCACCUCACAUUUCCGAUACCGCGCCUCCUCGUCCUCCUCCUCCACCGUGCUCCCGCAGCAGACGCCGGCCCGCCUCUCCUCCGUCUCCUCCCACGACUCUGGCUUCAUCUCGCAGGACGCCUUCCAGUCCAAAUCGCCGUCGCCCAUGCCUCCGGAAACCUCGCAGUUAUCGAAUGGUUUCGACCAUCACGCUGCCCUCUGUCUGCACGGAGUGGUACUGCAGGCCCCGGACAACCACCUCCACCUCCACCCUUCAUACUUCACCUACUCCUCCACCUCCUCCACCACCUCUCCCAUCUCCUCGCCCUCCUAUUCGUCCGUGUCUCCCACCUGGCCGUGGGGUCGUCGGGAAGACCUCCCGCCUCUCAGUCCCUCGGGGUCGGGAACGAUCCCGUCAUCAAAAGUCCCUUCCUGGAAGGACUGGGCCAAACCGGGCCCAUACGAACAGGGAAUGGUCAACACCCUGAAGAGAAGCAAGGACAGGAGAGACACUACGGAUCCCAGCAGCCACCAGGGCGCUGAUGUCACCACACCUGGAGAGGAACCGCAAGGGGUCAAAGGAGGCCACUCUGUCACAUCGGCAAGGGAGGACAGGGAGGCCCACGAGGAGCUGGCAAGGGUGUUGGCUAAAGGCCUCCGGCUGGACAUCCACGGCUCCAGCAGAGACUCGCUGCAGGGCUCGAGCGGCUACAGCAGCCAGACCCACACGCCCUGCUGCUCAGAGGACACCAUCCCCUCACAAGUGUCCGACUGCGACUACUACUCUGUGGGAGUGGAUCCGGAUGGCGAGCAGCACCAGUCAUCAGACUUUGAUAAAUCCUCCACGAUCCCGAGAAACAGUGACAUCAGCCAGUCCUACCGCCGCAUGUUCCAGUCCAAGCGCCCUGCGUCCACCGCCGGGCUGCCCUCGCAUCCAUCUGCCGUCAUCACCCCUGGAGUCGCCACCAUCCGACGGACACCGUCCUCCAAACCCAACCUGCGGCGGCCCUCUGGGGGCCUCAGCUUGGGCCCCAUCCCGAUCAAGCCCCCCAUGAUCCCAGUGAAGACCCCAACUGUGCCUGAUCACCCCGGUUUCCCCAGCAGGUCGUCAUCAGAGGACGGAUACGCGCCUCGAACUCCGCUCAGCCCUCCAACCACCCCUUUGACGCCAGGCAGCAGCAGCGUGUCACAAAAGCCCGGCAUAUGGCAGACCCAGCACACGUGCGAGGGGUCGGAUCCCCCGACGCCGCCUCCGCAACCGAGCGGUCGGGUAGAGUGGGACCGCGGGUAUCUCCCAGAGCUCCUGGAGGAGACGGAGUACAGCGAGGUGGAGGACUAUCUGGUGGCUAUUCGACGAGGCGUCAGGCUCAAGAAGGCGAAGACCAAUGACCGAUCGGCGCCAAUUAUUCACUGAGAGUGGAGAGGUUGACUUGAGCCGGUGUGCGUCCCUGUCUUUAAAAAGGGACACACAACGGUUUGCAUCAAGUGAACAGAAACAGGAGCUAUGACAUGAAAAUGGACGGCAAGGAAAGGUGGAGGUGGAGGUGGAGGUUGCCUACAGACCCUGAUCAAGGAUCAUUUAGAGAAUUUCCCAAUAACACUAUGAAGGAGUAUUGGAUGCAGGUAGAUGGUGCGAUGAGCUUAUUACAUUAUUGCCAAAUUUGAGAAAAGGUCAAAAGUUUCUGCACCUUCACUUUUGGGCCAAAGAGAAAUUGGCAACAUUUCUUUGUAGUUUGAAGAAGACAAACCGAGCUGGAUGUGGAGAAAAGCGCCAAGUAUUCAGUUUCAGAUCUCUAAAGGGAAUGCAUCUGACAAAUGUGCAUCAAAGUCAGAGGUAUCUUGGUUUAAAAGCAUCCAGAAGCAGAAUCUUGCAAGGUUUGCGCCAGUCCAACAACAUGCUGAAGUGAAGCUUCUUGAAAUCGCCAAGAAUAUCCCCGACAGUGCCAAAUCUCCCGGCUUUGCGAGGCAACUGAAGCACUUCAACUUGCAAGAAGCUGCAGGUUUCUUCUCAAACCCCUGGUACCGCACUUCCAGUCAAGUUCCCUCCGAGGUCACUGAUCCAAAAUCUUUCAUCCAGGGAAACAUCAAAAGAGAAGGUGUUGAAGGACACCAUGGAGAGUUGUACGAGCUCACUCUUGCAGCGGGGACACUUAAAUUGAAGAUUAGGUAAAUGUUAAUGUGUGCAGUAUUGGGGAAAAUGAGACGCUACACAAUGUAGGGGAGAAGUUCUUGAAGAGAUAAAAAAACGAGCUGGAAGGAGUGAUGAGUAUUUUCAAAAGAUCAAAUCUUAAUUUGUAUGUACAUAUUUAUAUUUCCACGUGUUUGUAUGUUCUGUUUGUCAUACGUUCCUUUCACGUCCCUCCACGGUCUCCCAUUUCCAUUUAAGGUGCCAAAAGCCUGCGUGCUGAAUUUAACCUCUCUGAUAUAGUCGAAUGAUUUUCCUGUAAAAACGUAGAUAGAGGGUUCACAAACUGAGAGAGUAUUUAUAUCUGUAGAGUAGCGUGUUACAGAAUGGUGAAACCAUUCAGGAUCGUUUGGUUGUUGCAGAUAUUAAAACAUACAGUAGAUUGACCUGCGCCCCGAUGUAAACUCACAACACAGCUUUUAAAUGAGAUUGGAUAUUUAAAGCUGAGAUCACCAAGCAGUGGUUAGUGUCAGCAGUGGCCAUCAAGAACAGAAGACGGCAACAACUUUACAGGAAGAGGUCUGAAAACGUAUUAAUGUCUUUGAAUUCUCUGGACUAAAUAUACAUUUGAGUUUGGAUUGGCGGGUAGUAACUCUUUCAGUGAUGUGGAUUUUGUUAUUGCAUUUAAAAGAGGGUUAGCCACUGAGAGAAAAAAACAAUGGAGGCGAUGGGGUCAUUAAAAAAAUAUUUGGAGGCCAGGUAUUUUUCAGUAAAAUCAAGUUAGA